AUGAAGGGUACGUACGAGGAAUGUGGUUUUGGUUCCAACGGCGAGGAAGAUAGGUGCGCGAGAAGGUACUAUCCAGUUCUUGCGGUAAACGGGUUCGGAGAAGAGGUUUCAGCAUCCAUCACACUGAACAAUGCCAUUGCCAUGUGCAAAGAAAAGUAUGCCACAGCAUGUACUGCACUACAUCCACUCAGUGAGAGCAGUGAAAGUGGUUGCCCAAACCACGAAACUCCAAAGCCAAUUCGUGACUAUGAUCAAAGCCAUGACGCCACGAGGCGUCUAAUUUUGCUUUUUCAAAAAUCAAACGGUCAAACGUUUAAUUCAGCAUGA